UAUUUGUGCUUGGAUUUUCAGACAUGGUACUGUAAAUAGUGGUAGUGGAAACACCAUGUGAAUCAUGGUAUUACCCACGAGUGCGUGAGAAGAGUGUGAGUGAGUGAGUGUGAACAAGAUGGAUGCCCCUGCGAGCAGCGACGACAGGACGCCGAAGGAGAAGGUCCAGUUCUACGUGUCGGCAGCACUGCUCAUCUCGGCCAUCUUCAGCCUGUCGGCGUUUCUCUUCCUGAUACCGUUUGUCCUGGACCCGGCCUACACUCUGAUUGCUGCCAAGUUCAUCAAGGAGCCCGUGACUUGUCAAGUGACUGAGGUCGAGACGCUCUUUGGCCUUUCCAACUGCACCUGGAGCUCGUGUCGAGAAGGAUGCACGCGGGAGGUGACGGAGUGCACGCGGAUAAGUGUGCGUUACACGAGCAAGUUGUCCGAGAAGCAGAUCACGGAGAACACAGAUGACGCUGCUUGGGAGUCUGAUGGCGCAAGAUUCUUCAUCAAUGUGAAGGGCUGUGGAUAUCCGCCCACUGUCAACUGCUCGCUUUUUGCGUCCUACUACGGCACGGAGGGCGAAGUGUUUCCCUGCUUCUUUUCUUCGGUCAACCCGCAGCUUGUCAUUCCUGAAUACGAUCUUGAACAGGCGCAUUCCGACAUGGUGUUCGCCACGGUGUUCCCCGUGACAAUCUUCACAGUGGGCGUGACGGGACUGUGUCUCAUGUACAUCCGCGUGUGCCGGGAACGCGCCCUGGCAGUGCUCAACUCCACCGGCUUCAACCUCAUCCACUUCCUGGACAGUUUGGAGCAGAAGCCGGAACCGGAAGAGGACGAUGACCGGAGCGAGGAGGAAGACGAAGGCCCGGUCCAGCAUGUGCCGAACCAGAAUCUCGCGCCGAACCCGAAUGCGUUUCCGGGGGCGCACAAGUACGGGCACGGGGCGAGGCGAAAUCAAGACGGCAUGAAGCGGCUGGAAGGCGGCAAGAAUGCGACGAGCAAGGCGCUCAUCAACAGCAUUCACGCUCCUAUUGUCGGUGGCGGCGUCGGCGGGGAUGCCAUGACAGCAGCGGGCGAAAGCAAUGGGAACAAGAGCAAGGGACCGAAGCCGAAAAAGUGUAAAUUGAAGCCCUGGAGUGAGACGGACUUGCUUCUGAAAACCGGUUUUUCGCAAAUCUUCGGGCACAUUCGACACCUUCAUCAAGUUUACACGUGCCACUGUUGGAUUCACUACUUGGAGACUCACGAGAACCUGCUCAUGCUGAUUCUAGUUUCAGGUUUUUUCGUCGAGGAGCCCUUGAAGCCAUUUUUUGAGAAGCAUUUCCCAAUAAGCCCUGACUGGGCGGUGAUUCCAUAUUACGGUGGCCAAUUUAUUUUUGGAUGGAUUGGGUCACUUCGACGAGAUUGUUCCAGGGUGAUAGUGCUGGCGUCUUUUCUCGGAAUUCUUGGCUCGGCCCUGCAGACUUCGGCAACCUUGAAGGCGUUCAGUCGUAUUGCGACGUGGCUUUAUACAGUGGGUUCAGUGCUGUGCGCAGUCAGCUUUGGUGGAGGGUUCCACGGGUGUCUUGUGUGUACUCUGGUCUUGAACAAGGCCUCUGUGGACAGGCGGAUUGGACUCAGAUCCAAGGAUGAGAAGCCAAGGUUCCAAGACAUGAGGUUUCUCAAACAUGUGGCCUUUGUCCAUUUGGUCUACUUCCUUGGAAAACUGGUGUGGGGCGUCAUUGUUGGAUGGACUCAUCUUGACAGGUGGUGUUCAGGGUCUCAGAACUGUUUCACAAUUGUCCAUCUGUGGAAAAUGUGCAACCAUGCCAUUCCUGCAGCCAUGAGGGCAUUGGGUAUGCAGCAGCCAUUGAAGGAGAUUGCUUUAAUUUGCUGCUUGAGUGUCAUUGGGCUGCUGACCAUUGCACUCAAUACCUAUAAUGUUUUGGACCUCUACGUCGUUUCGUCCCAUGUCGUGGAAUCAGGCAACAAAUCGACCGUCACGGGUUGGAUGACCUCUUACAUUCUUUGGACUACAUUUAGGACCAUGUUUGUCGUGAUUCUAAUUGAAUUCUCUGUUUGCGAGGUGCCGAGGAAACUGCGCGGAUUGGCCUUCGUCAUGGCACAGAUGCCGCCUCUGGUGGCCAACACUUUUAAAUAUCUGGCCAAGAUGUAUGUGAAUUCCUCUGGAAUCCCUACUCCCGAGUUUUUGCUGUGGGCGAGUGCUGCGAAUGCAAGUGCGAUUCUCCUGCUCUUGUGGAUGAGCAGGAUUAUAGUGCUUGCAUCCAUCUUCGGAAUUACCGGCUCCGUUUUGCAGACCCUAGCAAGCGUGCUCACCUAUGGCGAUUUAAUUGCCAAGAGCUUUGUUGACAGACGCAUAGGACUCAACUCUGUAGAUGAGAAACCAAAUUUCCAAGAGAUGAGAUUUGCCAAGAAUGUGGCUGCUGUCUAUGUGGCAUUUUUGGUUGGGGAUCCACUGUUUGGUGGAAUCUUAGGAUGGACUGACUUUGGAAGAGGGUGUUCUGGCUCCAAAAGCUGCUUCACUAUGUUCCAUCUGUGGAAAGUGGUCUUCAUUGCCAUUCCUGGAGGUCCUCAUAGCAACAAACCGGGAUCCGUGUACCUGAACGUUGCAACACAUUCUGUGAAGGCGUUCAUCUCGGUUCGCGUGCGAAGACUUCCAGCAGAAGAAAAGUUGCCGCUUUUUGACAACGCAGCGGCGAUGGGUCAUCAGCCGGCGACCAUUCAAACUUGCAAAACGCUCGUGUCAUUCCUAAUAACUUUACCCGUCUUUGGGUUCGCUGGGUUGCUGUUUUCAGGGAGAUCCUUGAUAGACCGUCAACAAUUGUGGAUGAACACGACGUUGAAUCACCAGAUAACGUUAUCCAACCACGAAUUUUUCGAGUCCUUUUUCUUCGUGGCGUCCUUCAUGUUGCUCAUGUUGGGAUUGUUGCCGGUCUUGAGAGCCUUCAACUUGAAACAACCAUUGAAGGAGAUUGCCUUGUGCUGCUUUCUCAGUGUCAUUGGGCUGGUGGCAAUUCUCUACGACGUUUCCCGUCUUUUGCAACGUGUCCAUGGAGGGGACUCCUCAUUGGGUAAUCAAGACGACAGAGUGGUGUUCAUCAAUGGCCUCGAUUGCCACGUCACAUUGGUCCCUGAAGGCCUUGAUGAAAUCAUACUGUUGCCAGGGGGAACAACAGCCCGGGAUUUCGACCCCGGUGACUACGUUUUCAGAGCCUUCGCCGGAAGUUGUCCGUCCUUCUCUUCUGUCCAGACAACUGCCAAGGGUUGGAGCAAAGCUCACACUGUCACUUUCCUGCCCAACACUAGAUCCUUGAUUGACCGUCAACAAUUGUGGAUGAACACGACGUUGAAUCACCAGAUAACGCUAUCCAACCACGAAUUCUUCGAGUCCUUUUUCUUCGUGGCGUCCUUCAUGUUGCUCAUGUUGGGAUUGUUGCCGGUCUUGAGAGCCUUCAACUUGAAACAACCAUUGAAGGAGAUUGCCUUGUGCUGCUUUCUCAGUGUCAUUGGGCUGGUGGCAAUUCUCUACGACGUUUCCCGUCUUUUGCAACGUGUCCAUGGAGGGGACUCCUCAUUGGGUAAUCAAGACGACAGAGUGGUGUUCAUCAAUGGCCUCGAUUGCCACGUCACAUUGGUCCCUGAAGGCCUUGAUGAAAUCAUACUGUUGCCAGGGGGAACAACAGCCCGGGAUUUCGACCCCGGUGACUACGUUUUCAGAGCCUUCGCCGGAAGUUGUCCGUCCUUCUCUUCUGUCCAGACAACUGCCAAGGGUUGGAGCAAAGCUCACACUGUCACUUUCCUGCCCAACACUAUUCACACUUUGCUCGUAUUCAAAGGAACGGGUAACUCUGUGCGACUGAGAGUUUUGGAAGGGAUCAAAAACGAGCGCUUCAAAUACCCCAUACUCAUUUUGAACGUGCCGGAGGAUGGCAGUGAGAUGCCUGAAGGCACGUUGGUUCACUUAUGGACAGGAACAGAGGUGCUCAAUUUCACCAAGAACUUUAUGAUGUAUGAAGGUGGGGUAGAGUGUGCGCAACACUGUGAGUUGCCUGAGGAUUUUGUCCUUGAGAGCUGCUAUCAAUGCGAACUGGAUCAUUCAGGCUGGUACAUUCUCAAGGUUAAGGGAGCCAACAGGAAUCUGAUGAUUGGGAUGUACAGCGGUGGCAGGUACGACAUCUCCGUGCAGCGCAGUGACAGCAAUGAUCCCAAGGAGCUCUUCGUGGUGUCAUCCCGUGUUGUGGGUGCUGCCAGUGAAGUUUCAGUAACUGGUUGGAUGUUCUGUUACAUACUGUGGGUGACGUUCAGGACCCUAUUCAUUUCUCUUCUGCUCGAAUUCGCCGUUUGUGAGGUUCCAAGAAGAUUGCGAGGAUUGGCCAUGGCAUUGACUCAGAUAUCAUUACUGCUAACUCACUCUUAUACAGUCAUGUCUAAAAGGAAGCAAUUCCUUCACCCAGCUGGAAUUUCCACAAUCGAGUUUUUGACGGGUGCAACAUAUGUCAAUUUGAUCGCUGUUCUGGGGCUUUGGUGGCUUAGUAGAUCGUUUCAUUAUUACGGUAUUCGAAUAGUGGCUGACAAGUAUGUGACUGUCAACAAAUACGAGUGAAACAAAUGCGAAGGCUUACAUUUACUUGAGCGACUGAUGAUCAAGACUGUUCAAGAUAACAUGUCAUUUAGUUAAUCUUAUGAAAAUGUUAAUCUGCGUGUAGCCCAGAAUGCAGCGAAUACUUUAUAUUCUAAAUACAAUCUGCAGUUUGUUG